AUGAGUCCUCAGUGGCUACCUCAGAAUAUACAGAAACGACUUUUGUUGUAUGUAUUACAACAAUUGUCAUUAUUCUCGGAGAUUGAUCUACCUAACUUAGAAGAAGUAUCAUUAAACAAUAUCCACCUUAAAGAUGUUUCCAUAGAUCCUGAAAAGGUUGGUCGAUUACCUGGAUGUAAUUUGAGAUAUGGACAAGUAGGAAGUCUAGAAUUGAAUGGUGGUGUAAUGGGAGGUGUCAAUGUGGAAGCCAAUAAUGUUGAAAUUGUUAUUGCUCCAAAUCUUGAUAUCAAUGAAGAUUUAACUAAAAGCGUUCAAAAUCAGUUAUUCCAAAGUACGGCAGAUUUAGCCAACACCAUAAUGAUAGACGAUGAUUUCCGAGAUAGCAAUGAUACCAUUGAUGAGGUUGAACAGAAAAGUGAUUCACCUACCAAGACUUCAGCAUUAGGUGGUGUUAUGCAACGGGCAGUGGAAUUAGCCUUACUGAGACUACAAGUGAAAGUGACGAAUCUUAAUAUCAAGCUAGUCUCUGAGUUAACAGACUUAAUGAUAGUGGUGGAUGAAGUUUUGUUUAAUACCGUCAAUGGGACAAGAUCUGUCAAAAUCAAAGGAAUCAAAUUGAUUUGUCUUAAACCCGAUGUUAAUGGCGGAGAUGAAGAAGGUGAUGAACAAACAGAAGAAGAAGAAGAAGAAGAAGAGAAAGAUGACACAGAAACAAGUGAUGAUGAUUAUGAUGACGGUAUUGAACAAUCUUUAAUGGAUAGUAUGGUGUUUACUCAUGAGGAAGCUAGUUCUAUUUAUAUGAGUGCAACUUCCCAAUCUUUCAAUAAUAAUAUUAAGCCAGAGAGUGAAAGCAAGGAGAAGAUUAUAAUGCAUGUUGAUGAAUUGGAACUUGAAUUCGAAGGAUUAAGUGAUUUAUCUGAGUUGGCUAUAGAUAUCAAUGAGAUUGUAAUCUCAUGUCAUCCUUUAGUACCUUCAGUAUUAUCAAUCAUGAAUGGGAUUUCAAGAGGUUUGAAAUUAAGAAUGUAUCAGAAGAGGAAACAAGGAGAUGUUCCCAAACCCUCUGACUUCCCUCAAUAUGAAACUGAUGAUGAUAUUGAUGAAGAUACUCCUCAAAUCUUCAAUAAAUUACAUAUAGCUAACAUAAUUGUUAGUUUGACUUCGGCUGUAAGGGCUAAUGGGAAGUUUGCAUCACCCAAGAAUAACUUAUACUUGAAUUUGGGCAAUUUGAAUGUCAAGCAGAAGAAUGAUGAUUUGAUUUUUGGAGGUAUUGAAACCUUCAGAAUAGUUCAAACAAUCAAAGGUGUGGUGGAAGAAAUAUUCAAAUUCGAUAAAGAUGAAGAAAACGAAACCAAAGCUGAUUUAAGAUUUGAAAAGUGUAUGAAAAAUGGUCCUGGAUUCAAAGGUAAUGAAUUUACCAUGUUAUUAUCCAAAAAAUGUGAAAUCAAUUUAAAUUCUACUGCCAUAGCUGACUUCAUACAAAUGGGUGAGUAUUUUAGUAUGAUAUCCAAUCACUUAACGGGGCUAAUGAAUACUUUUGACUCCUACAAACUGUUGACUGCAACUGUCAAACCAAAGAAACUUGAUAAUCAAGUUGUUAUACAGACGUCAAAUAUAAUCAUCAACUUCAAUGUCAAUAACGAUUCAUUAUCCGUCAAACUAUUGCCCAUAUCAUUCAAUCUUUUGAACAACGGUCUCAAAUGCCAAAAGGUAUUGAUUGAUUUGAAUACAGAAGAAUCAGUGAAUAUAGGUAAACUUGAAAACAUUAGCUUGUUGAUCAAGGCUAAAGAUUUUGUUGGAUAUUUGAACUCCACUAAUUCACCCAAAAAAGUGAAUUUGAAGAGUGGCACAAACUUCAGGAUAGCCAAGAUUGAUUUCGAUUUGACUUUCGAUAGCUUAAACCUCAUAAUUGGCCAUUUCAACCGUAUGAAUAAGGAAAUCAUCAAGACCUUGAAGUCACAAACUAAGAAAGAGUUCAAAGUGUUUAAUAACCUUUCAGGGUCCAUUCAAUCAUCCGUUUAUAAUCCAAGGAAACUCAGGAAAAGAGUUUUGGUAAAUAAACUAGAUUGUGAUUUCAGAAUAAAAGUUGAAGAAAUCAUAUUCAAUAUUACCCAUAUCCCUAACUUCCAGAAUUUGAAUAGUCGGAUUGAAAAUGUUCAAGUUUAUUCCUUGAAUUCAGAUACUUACUUCGUAGUAAAAGGAGUCAAGAGUGACAGAUUCUUCAAUAAUACCACGGAGAAGAUUAUUUACAAUUAUUUGUCCCACCUGGAUAAUCCCAUGAUAUUCGGGAUUAUAAAAUCUACAGGAGUGGAAGUAAAGUUCUUCAAUUUUCUCGUUGAUUAUUAUACUUAUUGGCAAAAGUUAUUCCAAGCAUCAGAGAAAGACUCAUCAGAGAAAGACUCAUCAGAGUUAGAGUCAGAACCAGAACCAGAACUCGAACCACAAUCACAUUCCACGGAACAGAAGUCAAAAAAUGAUGUUAGAAUCCAGUUUGUUAAUUGUAUUAUUGGCUUAACACCUUAUCAACUUCCCUGUAAAGCAUUACUUGUGAUCAAUCAAAUGUACAAUGAUUUGACAUUAGGAGAGCAAGUUUAUGUCAAGUCCACGAUCAGAGAUUUAAAUAUCAUGUUGAUUGAUGACAUUGAUAAUCUCCAACUCCCAAAAAGACAAUAUCCCAAUUUGAUCGAACACCUUACCAAACAGGGCUUUUUGAGUGUGGGAAAUAUUAAUAAUUUACAUUUGGGAAUCACCUAUAAUCUGAAUGAAACCAGGUUAAUGAACAAACUGAACAAUUACAACAACUUAUCCAAAUUAGAUAUCAAGAUCAAUAUAGAUGAACUCAAUUUGGAAACUUGUGGAGAUUCAUUCUAUACAUUGAUUCAGAUGAUUAAUGAUUUGAAGAUUCCAAUUAUUUUGAAGGAGGAAGAAAAGUUCAAAGUCAAGUUGGAUAAAGAUAUUGAUGUAAUGAAAGGUAUAGAAGAACUCGAUUUCUACAAAACAAUGAAACAACCUAGUGCUAGUGAUAAUUUCGAGAUAGUGGAUGAUUAUAAGGAUUUGGUGGAAGAUAUUGAUGAUUUGGAAGAAGAGUUCAGGAACUUGAAUGCUGAAGAAACACCAGUAGAUUUGAAAGUUCAGGACGAUUAUUUUAAUAAAGUUAUUGAUAAUGAACCUGUCAAAAUAAAUCCUGUGAGUAUCAAUUUGAAUGUUGGAAAAUUGAAUAUUUAUAUGUAUGAUGGAUAUGAUUGGAAAGAUACUAGGAAAGUAAUCAAAGGAGUAGUCAAGAAAGUAGAAAAUGAUUUUGAUCAAGAAGAAAGUGAUAACGAUGAUUUAGAGAUCAUUCAACAAACAUUAUUUCAAUCGAUUCACGUGACAUUUCCUAAAGGGAUUAAUCCUAAUGAUUUAACCAGUAAUAUCAAUAAACAAGUUAAUGAAGAGGAAAUUGAAAGUCAUGGAUACAAAGAUUUAAAAUUAUCCCGGUCUAAUAAGUAUAAAAUGUUGAUUGAGCUCAAAUCCAUCGAAAUCAAUGUUUCGAUAUUAAGUCUUCGAGAUCCUAUCAAUGAACCUAUCGAUGGAGAAUACGAGAUCACUAAUGAUAUUGACGUCACGGUAGAUUUGGUAACCAUUUAUGAUAAUUUGGUAAAUUCUACUUGGAAUAAAUAUCUUAGUUAUAUGAGUAGUAUGGGGGAGAAAGAAAUUGGGAAAAAUAUGAUUAAAUUGAACAUAACCACUUUAAGAACACCAGUUAAUUUGAAUUAUAAUGAAACUAUAAUGAAGAUAUCUAUCCUACCUGUGAGAUUAUUCAUUGAUCAAGAUACAAAUGAGUUUAUGACGAGAUUCUUUCAAUUUAAUGAUGAUAGGUUCAAUUUACCCAAAAUAGAUGAAGAUAUUUAUAUCAAGAAAUUUAUCAUGACUAACGAUUUUAAAUUCAAAAUUGAUUACAAACCCAAAAAGAUCAAUUUAACAGGUUUGAAGAAUGGGGAAAUCAAUCAAUUGUUGAAUUUGAUCAAUAUCAAUGGAUUGUUAAUCAGUUUAAACUCAAUCAAGAUCUAUGGUAUCAAAGGAAUUGAUCAAUUGUUCAUUAAAUUGUUUGAACAUUGGUUACCUAACAUUCAAAAUACUCAAUUGAUUAAUUUGUUUAAUGGGAUUGAAUUAUUCAAACCUUUCAUCAAUAUCAGUGAAUCUUUGAAAGAUUUGAUUCUAGUUCCUUUAAACGAUGAAAAUUACUAUAAAAGAGUUAACAAACAAAGCAAGAAUUUGUUGAAAACCACCAGUUUCGAGUUAUUGAAAUUGGGUUAUAGAUUAACCAACGGAACUCAGAAUUUGUUAGAACAAGGUGAGGAAAUGUUAGGAGGUGUUGGAUCGAAAUCACGAAAAUUGAAUAACGUCGUCAGACCAGUUCAACAAGAACCACCAGAAGAAGUUGAUGAUCUUCUUGAAAAUUCUAUGAGAUUGAAUAAAUCUGUCACAGUGGAAUCUAACAUCUACAAUAGCAAUAAGAAAUAUCAAGAGAUUGAUGAUAAAGCCAAAAACUAUGAUAGUGAUGAAGAAAUUGAAGAAGAAAAAUUAAUCAGUCUUUAUUCAAAUCAACCUAAAAAUUUCAAGCAAGGUAUCAACUAUAGUUUUAAGUCUAUCAAUAAGAAUUAUGAUUUGACCAAAAAUGAAUUUUUGAAUUUGAUAGAAAAAUUCAAUGAACUGGAUAAUUAUGAGGAUUCCUUGAAGGUUCUAUUGAAAAAAUCUCCAUUGUUGUUAAUAAGACCGUUGAUUGGAACUACGGAAGUGUUAUCCAAAACGCUCAUGGGGUUAAGUAACGAAAUAAGUUCUGUAGAUCGAUUAGAGUCACAUGACAAGUACAAACAAUAA